UUGAAUCAUGGGAUAAGCGCACUGCUUUCUGGGAGUUUCUGCUUUCUCAUCAGUCUUUCUAUCCUCGUGUUCAAAAUGGCUUCGCUCAAAGAGUACAAGAUUGUUGGCCGCCAUUUGCCAACUGAUUCUGCCCCAAAGCCUGCUCUUUAUAGAAUGAGGAUUUUUGCCAAAAACAAGACCAUUGCUAUUUCCCGAUUUUGGUAUUUCCUCUCCCAGGCUAAGAAGGUGAAGAAAGCAAGUGGGCAAAUUGUUUGUUGUCAACAGGUACAUGAGAAAAACCCAUCAUCUGUGAAGAAUUUCGGUGUUUGGCUCCGAUAUGAUUCACGAAGUGGUACCCAUAACAUGUACAGAGAAUACAGAGACACAACAGUUUGUGGAGCUGUGAGCCAGUGUUAUUUGGAUAUGGCUGCACGUCACAGGGCCCGUGCCUCAUCAAUUCAAUUAAUCAAAGUUGAGGUGAUUCCAGCAUCAAAAUGCAAGAGACCAAGCAUCACUCAAUUCCAUAACUCGAAGAUCAGAUUCCCACUGACUCACAGGGUUGUCAAAUCGCAGUUCAAAUCAACUUUUGUUGCCAAAAGACCUUCCACAUUCAUGUAAAAGAUUCUGUGAAUACAGAAGAAUGUGCUUCAAUAUUCAAA